AGAGAGGACGGUCUGUGAGCUGGAAGAGAGUCAGUGUCAGUGUUGGGUUACAGAUGCGGUUUAAAGUCGACCUUGCAUUACAUUUUACAGCUUGGCAAUCAGAAGUUGUUUUCUCCAGGUUACGUAUUGAUCGGUAUUAGUAGCCAAUUUGCAUAACCCGCAUGCCGGUUGGCUGAGAGACAAUCAUCCAAUCUUGUGAAACAAACUCGCCCUGCUUUCCGGGGAAGAGGAGGAGGCGGAGGAGUAGGAGGAAGGGAGUGCAUCGGCUCUUACACACACUGCUUUAAUUGAUCAAAUAAGAAGCUAUUUGACAAAAGCCGGCUCGGACCGCAGGGGCUGUGGAGGAGGAGGACCAGUGCAAUGAUGACGGGCAGAUCUGUGAAAGACGUUGACAGAUACCAGGUUGUCCUCAACUCUUUACUGGCGCUGGAAGAUAAUAAAUUCUGCGCUGACUGCGAAUCAAAAGGUCCAAGAUGGUCGUCCUGGAAUUUGGGCAUCUUCAUCUGUAUCCGCUGUGCUGGUAUCCAUCGAAACCUGGGGGUCCACAUCUCCAAGGUCAAGUCGGUCAAUCUGGACCAGUGGACACAGGAGCAGGUCCAGUGUGUUCAGGAGAUGGGAAAUGCCAAAGCCAGACGUCUCUACGAGGCAUUCUUACCCGAGUGCUUCCAGCGCCCCGAGACAGACCAUUUAGCAGAGAUGUUUAUUAGAGACAAGUAUGAAAAGAAGAAGUACAUCGAUAAAGUCAUUGACAUCCAGAUGCUUAGGAAAGAAAAGAGCUGCGACAAUAUACCCAAGGAACCAGUUGUGUUUGAGAAGAUGAAAUUGAAAAAAGACGUCAGCCCCAAGACAAAUACCCAGGCUGUCACAGACCUGCUUGGAUUAGAUGCCCCUGCUCCAAGUCCUGCAGUGUCUAACGGAGGAGGAUGUAAUGGGAGCCCAGCGGUGUCCAAUCCGGCUCUGGCACACUCUGCUCUGGAUCUCUUCAGCUCCCUGCCGGCACCGGCCACUGCUUCCUCUAAAAACAACACGCCUGUUUCCAGCUCCAUGCCCCAGAGUAGAGUGACUGCCUCUGUGCCUGAAAACCUCAGUCUGUUCCUGGAUCGGACACAAAAUGCAGAGGGGGGCGCUGUCAAGAAACUUUCCAAGGACUCGAUUCUCUCCCUGUACGCCUCCGCCCCAUCAGUUCACGCCAGUAUGUCUGCUCAUGCAGGCUUGUACAUGAACCAAAUGGGAUACCCGACACAUCCAUAUGGAUCGUACCACUCUUUAGCCCAGGCAGGUGGAAUGGGAGGCCCCAUGAUGACAUCACAGAUGGCCAUGAUGGGACAGCCGAAUGGUUUAAUGGGUGCUCAGGGUGUCAUGGCGCAGCCUAGUGGCGCACCUUAUAUGACAGGGAUGACCCAGGGCAUGAUGGGACAGCAAAGCGCAAUGAUGAUACAGCAGCAGAACGGGAUGAUGGGACAGCAGCCAAAUAGCGUAAUGGGACAUCAACAGAAUGGGAUGAUGGGACAUCAACAAAAUGGGAUGAUGGGACAGCAGCAGCAGAAUGGGAUGAUGGGACAGCAGCAGAAUGGGAUGAUGGGACAGCAGCAGAAUGUGAUGAUGGGACAGCAGAAGCAGAAUGGGCUGAUGGGACAGCAGCAGAAUGGGCUGAUGGGACAUCAACAGAAUGGGCUGAUGGGACAGCAGCAGGUUGGAGGUUUACCUCAACAGCAGGUGUACAGAGGGCAACAAACUCAGCAGCUACAGUGGAACAUUACCCAGAUGACUCAGCAUAUGGCCGGUGUGAAUGUCAGCAACACCAGUGGCAUGAUAGGAUACAGCAGUCAACAAAUGGGAGGCUCGACAACUCAAAGCUCAGCGCACAUGACGGCGCAUGUUUGGAAAUGAUCUCAUCUAUCAAAUAUGUGAUGUCACGCCAAUAACCCUGAGAAAAGAGGGGGACUGAGUUGUACGAACCUUUCAAUCACUCUCCAGGAGACAUUUUCGAAUGAAAGGGGGAAGGAAGAUGAAGGAGGAGUAGGAGGAGAAGAAGGAGAAAGGUGUGAAAUAGCUGAAGGUUUCGAAAACCACAACUACCUCUUUCUCUCUCCUCUCUGCCCAGGCUUCCUAUUCUCUCUUCCAUCCAUGGCCAUGUUUUGCAUAUUCCCAUUCUUGCCUUCAGAACACUUUGGUAUGAUGUCCAAGACAACAGGGUUCAAGGUUAACUGGUUAGGACUACACAUCGUUUUUUGUAGCCUGUAGGCUAUGUGCCAGCGUUGUACACAUCAGCUAUGUGUGGGUGUUAACCAACUGCACGACUUAAAAGAACAGAUUUUAUUUAUUUUACAAUUGAUCAUAAUCAGAAGAAAAUGCAAAACUUACCCAGUUUAAAUCCAUUGGUUGAUGUCGUUGAAUAUUGAGGUUAUUUUGUAAGAAGACACAUUUCCCUUAAAGGAUGGAGACAUACAUUAUUUUAAGGCUAAAAGUGAAGGCUAAUAUUUAGUUUCAUUUGGUAAAUAGUUUGCUUUCAUGGGAAUGAGCCUAAUUGCCUCGUUUUGCUGUGAGUGAGACUAAUAUGAAGCUACCCCCAGCAGCUGGUUAGCUUAUUUUAGCUUAGCCUAAAGACUAGAGACAGGGGAAACAACAAGCAUGGCUUUAUCUAAAGACUUUGACUUUGUAAGCAUUAAUUAAAUGAGAUAUAACAUGUUUAACAGUGAGCUUUAUAUGCACUGUUCUACCUUUUAAUAGAUAGAGAAUAGCCACAUUUCCAGUCUUGGUGUUAAGCUAAUUCGACCCAGUCUCACGGCAUUUCGUGUUAUAGUCACGAAAUUAAUUUAAUCUAUUGAUUCGUGUUCACCA